AUGAGUAGUCCGAAAAAAACAGUUUAUUUUUGUCUAAUGGAAGCCAACAUUAACAAUUCUCAACCGCUAACCAAAGCCAAAGCCCCACAACCUCCAAGAACCGGCACAGCGGUUAGAAUAACCACCAAAAAGUCUAACAGCGAAUUAAGAGAAAUUCUUCAACAAAUUUGCUCUAAAUAUCUCAAAGACGCCGAAGAAAAUACACAACCAGACGCUACAUACAAUACUCAGUUCUGUGAAGUUCUGAACAAAGCAAUUGCUAGUUCAAUUGAACUUACUAAGACAAUUCCAAGUCCAAUUGAGCUUAGCGAUGUCUUAGUUCAGUAUUUUCCAACAUUUACUAAGCUUAUAAUGUUGAGAACUUUAUACCAAGUUCGUCAAAAUCUUCCUCGUAACAUCCAACGGUCAUUCGACAAGACAAUUGCCGAAUUCCAA